GCCCGUCCGUACGGGCAGCAAAGAAAACUGCCAACGCCGGACAGCGCUCGGCUGCGAAGUGAAGUUUCCCGAGCCCCGGCGUCAUUUUUGCCCCUCCAAACAACUUCUUCCGACCUCGCCCUCGUUAUUACCGAGCAUCGCCAACCCGCCUUCGCUUUUCGCCUCCGUGCCGUACGCACCGCACUCUUCUCAUGCAUCUGCAAUAACCAUCACCGCGCACGCUUUGCCCAAAACGAUGGCGUCGUCACCGAGGCUGGCGGCAGCGCCCCUGCGCCGCCUCCUUCGGCCCAUGUCGCAGACGGCCACCCGGCGACACAUCGCGACAAGCCUCACAGUUGGGGACGAGAGCUGGCCGCAGAGAACACCCUUGGGGGGGUACUACGAGGACAUUCUGCACGAUCCGAUUCCGUAUCCGUUCAGCCACAAGCCCGAAGACCCGCCGAGCACGGCAGAGACCCGCGUGCGGCCACCGUCGUCGCCAAGCAAGAGGCCCGAAACCGCAAAGAAGACGACGCCUCCCGCCGCCCGCAAGACCGACGCAACAUCCGCGCCCUCCUCCGCGGAAUCACCACCACCAUCAUCAUCAUCAUCACCACCCGUGCCAUCACCGCCCCCCAAAACCGCCGCGGAAAAGGCACGCAUCGUCUUCGGCUCGCGGCUCCUCGGCCCCGCCGAACAGGCCGACCGCCUCGCGCUCAAGAAGUCGCAGUCCGCCUACAUCGCGGGCGUGCUCGUGCCGCCGCGGCCCGAAGAACCCGACAACUGCUGCAUGAGCGGCUGCGUCAACUGCGUCUGGGACCGCUACAGGGACGACAUGGAGGAGUGGUCCGCCUUGAAGAACGAGGCGCAGCGGCGGCUCAAGCAGGGGAGCGGGACGACAGUGGACUCGGACGGCGGGGGCUCCGAGACCAACUGGGGAGUCAACAUCGGCGACGCCAAGAUCACAAAGGACAUGUGGGAAGAGGAUGUGUUUAAGAGCGUGCCGGUGGGCAUUCGCGAGUUUAUGAAGCAAGAGAAGAGACUCAAGGAGAAGCACGAAAGAGAGGGGACAUUGGGCGGGUGAGGGCGGCUACGAGUCACGAAUGUUGCGAAUCCUACCAUAGACCGACCACUUGCGGAUACCCUGUAUAUAACAUUACAGACGAAUAGAUUUGGAGCCUGCUGUACUUGAAGAAUCGUUCAUGUACGCACGUGCAACUGAAUUUGCGCCAAAGGGACGGUCCUUGGUGACGCGUUGCGUAAUUUCGGUAAGCUUUCGGACAGCUCAUUUAGAUCAGUCAACGCAAUGGUGUGAUCAACAAUACGAUGCUAGUAGAUGGCUUACCAGCUGCAGGCGCGCAAGGUGUGGCAAGCUUCGAAACAGGGGCCUUUGUACCAGCGUUUUGCGAGAGUCGUUAGACGCAUUCAUCAUGAGCAUCGAUGAGGAAGUAAACAGUUGCAACAAGAACUGUCGACCUAAAAGCCAUCUAUUCAGCAUGAAAUUCACACACACUAUAAACUCCGAGUCACUAGACCUAGCUAUUUGCUCUCAUAAAGGUCCGCCC